CCAAUUUAUACCUCCAUGCGUGUAAGAUGUGUAACCUACAUACGACACGAUUUUAUGAAUGAAUAUGACCUUGAUGCUACAGUACCGGUUCCGAGAUGUUGCAGUUACAAAUUAGCGUCUGUAGUUCUAUGUCUAAUUGUGGUGUUAGACUCAAGUAUAUAUUCAGUUACCGCGACAGAUGCCUGCAAUGGUCGCUGUCGUGAGUUUGUAAAUGUGUAUUGUAAUUCUGGGACAGGUGUAUGUGACGAUUGCAGUAUAUACUGCUCCACCGAUUCUAUUUUCUAUAAUGAAGAAAAAUGUGAUGAACUCUGUUCGAAAGAACCGGUUCCUACUGAUGCUUGUGCAAAUAGAUGCAUAGAUUUUCCGGACACGUACUGUAAUUCUAUAACCGGUUCCUGUGACAGCUGCAGUAUAUUCUGCUCAAAGAGAUCAGACUUCUAUAAUUCCACAAAAUGUGCAAUUAAAUGUCCAGGUAGAAUGCCCACACCUUCGCCGACUGAGGGACCAAUACUUUCAACAACAGAGGACCCUGUAAGCACACAGACCUCUGGCAUCUUUUCAAAGCCUGCGAUAAUAUUACGCAAUGAACAGCCCGAACUUAAGAUUGAAACCACCGAUAGCAGUAACAGUGAUAACACUGGUGAUAGGCCUAUGUUUGUUGGAAUUGUUUGCGGAUUAGCCGUAUUUUGUUUGUUAUUGAUAAUUGGGACGAUUUAUAUAGUCUGCCGUAAAAGACGCAAGAGAAUACAAUCAGGUUUUCAUGAACAAGUGGUUGAUGACGAGAAAAAAGCACUAGGUGCUCAUAGACAAGAGAAGGGCAAUCCUCAUAAACAAUCUGAAAUGGUAUUGGGACACGAAACAUCACCGUUGAACAACGGCGACGGUUCAAACGGCAGUGAUAUAUCAUUGGUUUGA